AUGCCGUUCUUCAAAGAAGCUCCUCCAAAGGUCCUCGUGCCUGAGAAGCUGUCAGCCGACGGCCUAGCCCUUCUACGGGGUUCACUCGAUGUGGAUGAGCGCAAGGGCUUGACUCCAGAAGAGCUGCUGGACAUUAUUCCAAAUUACGAUGCCCUGGUGAUUCGUUCGGAGACCAAAGUCACUGCGACUGUUCUGCAGGCGGCUCGGCGGCUGAAGGUGGUUGCUCGUGCUGGUGUUGGGGUUGACAAUGUCGAUGUCGAACAGGCCACCAAGCUGGGUAUCGUAGUGGUCAACUCACCUUCUGGUAAUAUUGGAGCCGCCGCCGAACAUACCAUUGCCUUGAUGAUGUCCAUGGCACGAAAGAUUCCCGAGGGUUGCGCCAGUCUCAAACAAGGGAAAUGGGAGCGCAGCAAGUUCGUCGGAGUCGAGGUCAAGGGAAAGGUUCUGGGAAUCAUUGGACUUGGAAAGGUGGGCUUGACGGUAGCUCGCCUGGCCAAGGGCCUCGGUAUGACAGUCAACGCGUUGGAUCCUUAUGCAUCUCCAGCUGUGGCAUCUGCAGCCUCAGUAACCUUGGUCACCUCUUUGCCAGAGCUUCUGAAAUCGGCCGAUUUCCUCACAAUCCAUACCCCGCUAAUUGCAUCGACUCGUGGUAUGAUCGGUGAAGCUGAACUGGCCCAGAUGAAGGCAGGUUCCCGAAUUCUGAAUGUGGCUCGUGGCGGCACCAUUGAUGAAGCCGCUCUACUUGCUUCCCUGGAGUCUGGACAUCUGGCAGGCGCAGCUGUGGAUGUCUUUACUUCGGAACCACCAGUUGCUGAUUCCACGGCGGCGAAGCUGAUUGCUCAUCCCAGAGCGGUGGUUACACCACAUCUCGGUGCAUCCACCGUGGAAGCCCAAGAGAAUGUCUCCGUCGAUGUAUGCGAGCAGGUCCUUGAUAUUCUAAAGGGAUCACUACCCCGAAGUGCUGUCAAUGCACCUCUCAUUCUCCCAGAAGAGUACCAAAAGCUGCAGCCAUUUGUGCGCCUUGUCGAGAAAAUCGGCAGUCUAUAUACCCAACAUUAUGCCGCUCUUCCUGGUGGGUCUAUGACUCGAAACACAUUCGACCUCAUCUACCAGGGCGAAGUAGCCAGCAUCAACAACACAAAGCCCCUCUUUGCUGCCCUCAUCAAGGGUCUACUGGCACCCAUCAGUGGCUCCGAGGGGAUUAAUAUUAACAUCGUGAAUGCCGAACUCGUUGCUCGCGAGCGCGGCAUUUUUGUGAACGAGCAUCAUUCCCGUGAUCCUGCUGAUACUUCGUCAUACUCAUCGCUGGUCACACUUGUUGCCCGUCCACCAUCUCGUGCUCCAUCCCGCGCCCCUGGCCCUAUCGAUGUAUCAGGUACUGGCCCUCAAGUACCAGCCCAGCGCAUUAUUUCGGGCACUUGCUCCGGCGACCAGCCACUCAUUACCCGUCUGGGCCGAUUCGAGGCAUCAUUCGAGCCCGAAGGCACUCUUCUCAUCUGCGAGAACUAUGACUCGCCGGGUAAGAUUGGUGUUGUGGGUAGUCUUCUCGGCCAGGAGGGCGUCAACAUCAACUUCAUGACUGUUUCUCCUGUUUCACCGAAAUUGACGACUGGCAAUGACCAGGCGGAGAGUAUCCCUAGCAAAGAUGGUAGCGCGGACCUCGGGCCUAAGGAAGAUGCGCCUGGCUCUAAGGAGGCACUCAUGAUUUUGGGCAUUGAUCGCGGGGUGUCGGCGCAAGUUACAGAGGGCUUGGUUAGAGAGGGCGGUGUUUUGAGUGCCUGUGCUGUUACACUUUGA